CGACUAAGUUCGAUUAAGUGAGUACUUAGCAUUUUGUUUGUUUGGUGAUGUGAACUGGCCCAUUUAAUACUAUUGCUUCUUCUUUUAGGGUUUAGGACUUUAGACAGGUGGACUCGAAAUUAACGGCAAAUACGGCUGGAUCCCAUCAUUUUGGUUCUGAGCUGGAAUCUGACGUAAGCCUCGCAUCAUCCUUACAGUAAUUUGUUAAUUUUUUCGCGCCGAUUUCUUUUGGGCUGAAGCUGUGUCAUUACCAUUGGGCUUUUGGCGCUAUUGGACUUGAUAAUUUGGGCUGACAGCCCCUGGUGAGUUGGGCUUUUGUCUUGACGAUCCUUUUCCGGUUUUUAUAUUGUCUGGGACGGGACUACCAGACUCGGGGAGGAAUACGGCGAGUAGCUUUCAUAGGAAGGAAAAUCCGUUGCUUCGUGUUCCCUCGAUAGUCUUCCUUGCCUGCUCAACCUUUCCUCUCUGGGUCGCCGGCGGCCGGAUCCUUGCACCGGCGGGCCAUAUAGGAGAGCGUUGAGCCGGUCUCUUUUUCCUGUUGUCGUUUCGGUAAGCGAUCGGAGCUCUGUGUUUCCACCAAGUUCAGUUUCGUAAGUUCUUAUUUUUUGAAUCGAAUUUCUAGGGUUCAAUUGGGGGCAAUUUGCUAAGGGUUCAGGAAUUGCCAGACGGGGCCGUGGUUUCAGUGUAUAUGUGAUCAGUCUGUGCUGGGUGGUGUUGAAGUUUGGGUAGAAAUGAUUGCUUCCACGUUAGGGAACUUCUGCCUGGAAAAGUUUCAUCUGAAUUUGGCCUAUUAGUGUAGAAUCGACGCAAGAGGACUUGGCAUUUUAGCUGAAUUUCUUAGUUAGUUGUGCUUAGACAUAGUAACCCCGGUUGCCGCUAUUGCGUCAAUUGUAUUGUGUGAUAGGAAAGUGGUUGUUUGGCAAGGUAUUUGAUUCUGUGCUGGUCCAGUGGACAGUCGGAGUUAGUUUGAUCUAGCCUUCCGUGCUUUGAAAUCGUUGCUCUAAAAUGAUGAACUUAGUGUUGACUGUUGAGAUGUGAAAAGAAGUCAAAUCUGUGGCGGUAUCUGAUUCGCUAAAGCUCUCGACUUUGUGAUUCAUUUUGCAGUUGUUGAUGCUCAUGAGGUCUGCGGUUUCUGCUCAACUUGCCCCCCUAAACAGCAAUAUGGAUCUUAAUGGUUUCAGUGGCGACAAAGCAGAAAGUAGACUUUACGUUGGUAACCUCGACCUGAGAAUAACAGAGGCCACUCUGAUUAAAAUGUUUUCUCCGUAUGGAAAGAUCAUAUCUGAGGACUUCUUGUGGCAUACCCGUGGCCCUAGACGUGGAGAGCCACGUGGCUUUGCAUUCAUCCAGUUCAGCUCCAAAGAGGAAGCUAAAUUAGCCAAGGAGAAGAUGCACGGGAGAUUAGCUUGUGGCCGGCCACUGGUUGUCCGUAUUUCAAGUGACAGAAGCUUGGAGGAAGCGGCUGCACAGAGUUCUUCAAGAACAGCAGCAAGUGCACCCAGAAAACCAGGCCUUCCUUCGCAACCCACUGGGCAGACGAAUAAGAGCGCCAAGAUAGCUGCGAUAAAGAACAAACUGAGAGCCUUGGAAGAAGAGACGACUAGCGUCAAGAAACAGAAGCUGGCCAGUGAUAGCAUCACAUCUAAGUGAGCCUCAAUGUUUUUGUAGGCCGAUGAUAGACGACUCGAGUCUGAUAUCGAAACCCAGAUACUCAUACCAUACUAGAACAACGUUGAGGACGGAAUGGGGUGGUUCCCUGUGUUGUAAUUUGUUACAAUGGAUGAAAUAUGGAAUGAAUGAUGCUGAACUGCUUUAUAUGGUUCAGAGCUUUUAUAAUCUGUACUUAUGGGAUAACAAUCUGGAAUUUGUUGUUUGUAGCUGUUCCAAACAAAAGGUCACUCAAACG